UUAGCGUGUAGAUCCGUGCGCAGCACCUGGAACAGGGGUCGAAGUACGGUACAUGACCCGCACAUGUUUCUCCUUUCUGCGGAUCGUGUAAAUCGGUGAAGGCCAAUGAAGUGAGUUAUUCCAUGUUCGUUAUACCGUGUUCUAAAGCCACAAUGUGGACAAAAGCUCUGCGAAGGUGGACUGGAACUCUUGUUCAGGGCAGAGGACAUUUCUCUGGUCCCCAAAGACGAAAGCGGGAAUCCGGCUACUUCGACGCCGAAACUCUGGGACAACGAUUAGUGAAGCCACGAUUCGACAGACUUGAACCUAUCGAAAAGAACUUGUACAUUGAAAGUGAACUGACCCGAUCUCGAUCACACGUUGAGAUUGAACAAUUUUUAGCCGAGCAGCAGAUAACACUCAACGGCUACACCGUCGAUGUCCCCAAACCAGUGCUAACGAUCGACGAAUGCGUUUUCCUCGAGAAAGCGCGACAUUUGUUCGCCAAGAAAAACUUCGUGUCUCCAUCGCCUAUUCAAGCGCAAGCAUGGCCCAUUGUUCUGAGCGGUCGAGACCUCGUAGGCAUCGCACAGACAGGGUCUGGUAAGACGCUGGCCUACGCGCUGCCCGGAGCAAUCCACGCUUCGCAUCAGAGAAGAUCAAACGCGAGCGAGGGACCCAUAGCGGUUGUCCUGGCACCGACCCGAGAACUCGUCCAGCAAAUACACGGUGUGAUACGCGAAUGGUGCGAGCAAAGUUACAAUGUACGCGCGGUACCUGUGUACGGCGGCGCAUCCAGGAAUGUUCAGAUUGCGGCGCUCCAGAGAGGACCCCAAGUGUGCAUCGCCACCCCCGGUCGUCUGCUGGACCUCCUGGAGAGCGGAAGUGUCAGCCUGUUCCGCUGUACGUUCCUCGUAAUGGACGAGGCGGACCGUAUGUUGGACAUGGGCUUCGAACCUCAGAUACGAAAGAUUGUGGAACAGACGCGACCGGACCGGCAGACCGUCAUGUGGAGUGCUACGUGGCCCGAAGAAGUGCGCACCCUCGCCCUGGACUUUCUGACGGAUUUCAUCCAGGUGAACAUUGGAUCCGUGGAGCUCUGCGCCAAUCACAAUAUACGUCAGGUCGUGGAAGUGUGCAGCUACAUGGAGAAGGACGAAAAGUUGGUGGACAUUCUGAAGGACAUUGGUAGGGAAGAGAAGACGCUGAUAUUUGCUUCGACCAAGAGGGGGGUUGCCAGACUGGUCCACAUGCUGUACGACCAAGGGUUCCGUGCAGUGGCCACCCACGGCGAUCUGAGUCAGAGCAAGCGGGACCUGGCACUCGACCGCUUCCGCAGCGGAAGGACGAACAUCCUGGUGGCGACAGACGUUGCGUCCAGGGGCCUCGACGUCAGCGACAUCAAGUACGUCAUAAAUUACGACUACCCCGGCACGUCGGAGGACUACGUGCACCGUAUAGGCCGCACCGGCCGCAGCAACCGGACGGGUACGGCCAUCACCCUCUUUACGUACGAGGAUGCCAACCGGGCCAGGGACCUGGUGCAGGUCCUCAGGGAAGCUGACCAAGAGGUCAACCCCGAACUCCACAAGAUGAUGGACUUGCACAAGAAGGUGCAACAGCGGUCCUUUAAUCCGAGGUAUCGCGGACGAAGCUUGGGCUAGUUGGGUUACGUCUGUUUAGUUUAGGCUCGAGAGUAAUGUUUAAUCGUGCAAGAAAUAAAUAAAAAAAACUGUAUCA